UGCGAAGGGCAGGCGCUUGGAGCAGCAUCAGUUCUAAAAUUUCCAGUUAGCAUUAUGGAGUAUCAGCACUAUUUGCAGAAAGAGCUGACCAUUUUCCACUACCACCUACUCUUCGACUAUGGAGCACCGAUCCAGUUGGCCACUUGCAUUGCCUUCGGCGCCGUCUGUGGCUGGAUAAUGAGCCUGAUCACAUUCGUUGUCUACAAGGCAGCAAUUGGCCUGGGAGCCAAAGCCACGGCAUGUGACAAAGAUGAUAAGUACGAUGAUCUCGACCUGGACAUGCAUGUGGAGUAUGGGUAUGACCGGAUGCUGUCCCAGUGCCAGAACCUUAGUGAUUGGCUUGUGAGAACGCAGUAGCUUAGACAGGAUAACGCCUGAGGGGGCAUUCGGUUCGCCUUCUUUGUGCAUGAGCCCCAAUCAAAGUAUCUCGACGCCACUUAGACCGUCUCGAGUGCGCCGAGUGAAUUUUUCAGAUACUGUUACAGUGGCAGUAUCGAAUAUUUUCUCUGCCGUUCUCGAAGUCAUUAGCAUAAUGUUUCUCGACACUGUCAUGGCCUUAAAUUGAAUUCAGCAUGCACCGCAGGCCGCCAUUUAUGCAAGUUUAUUUCUAUAGAUGAAGGCCGGAGGUUCAAAUAUUUAAUAAACCAAACCGUUUCU